CUCUUUUCUUUCCCCUUCCUCUUCCCCUCCCCGCCGUCUCCUCUCCCGACGCCGAACCGAAUCGCAGCAGCAGGAGCAGCCGGAGAAGAAGAAAUCGAGAGCGCCAGCAGCCAUGUCCGGCAUGGAGGAGGAGGAGAACGCCGCCGAGCUCAAGAUCGGCGAAGAGUUUCUUAAGGCCAAGUGCCUGAUGAACUGCGAGGUGGCGAUAAUCCUGGAGCACAAGUGGGAGCAGCUGCAGCACAUGUCGGACGGCGGCGCCGACCAGGUCUCGCAGGUCUUCGAGAAGUCGCAGGCCUACGUCAAGCGCUUCAGCCGCUACAAGAACCCCGACGCCGUGCGCCAGGUCCGCGAGACGCUCUCCCGCUACAGCCUCGUCGAGUUCGAGCUCUGCACCCUGGGGAACCUCUGCCCCGACACCGCCGACGAGGCCAAGGCGCUCGUCCCCUCCCUCGUCCCUGGCGGCAGGUUCGACAGCGACGACCGCGUCGACAAGAUGCUCAACGACCUCUCCCUCAUCAAGAAGUUCGAGUAGCCGCCUCAUAAUAUGCUCCUGCUUGUUGAUCUUGUUCUCGUUCCUCCAAUGGACAUGGCACAUGGAGGCCAUGUGUCGUUUAUCAGUCUCAAGAAGUACUUACUAGCUACUGGUAGCUUAGUUUGGCGAUGUUUGAUCUUCAGAUUAUCUCCUUCUAUGCUAUGAUCAUAAGACAUCGGUGUCAAUCUCACAGAUGUAUGGAGUUAAUGAAGCCUUGCUGCUAUGCUGUCUUGGAGAAAAAUGUAGUAGCUGCUGUUGUUAAGUUGGGUUGGUGCUGUUUAAUCUUCUUCAUAUUACCCUCCUAUAUGCUAUGACUAUAAGACAGAGUUGAUUAAACAUUGUUGAUAUCA